UGCCACCACUGGCAGUCCGUCUCUAAUAUUGAACAAACAAAAUUAACUUAAUUUUUCAUAAAACUGAAAAUUACGGUGUUUUUUGCCGUGAUUUAAUCAAAAUUAUAAGAGAAAAUGUCGCAAGAGGUUGAGGAAACACUUAAGAGGAUCCAGAGCCACAAAGGUGUUGUGGGAACCAUUGUGGUCAACAAUGAAGGCAUUCCGGUCAAGUCCACGCUCGACAACACGACGACCGUUCAGUACGCUGGCCUAAUGAGUCAGCUGGCGGACAAAGCUCGAAGUGUGGUGAGGGACCUGGAUCCUUCGAACGACAUGACAUUCCUGCGGGUGCGAUCGAAGAAGCACGAGAUCAUGGUGGCGCCGGACAAGGACUUCAUCCUGAUCGUCAUCCAGAACCCAACCGACUAAGUACUUGGUGCGGCGCAUUGCUGAAGUUGUCUACUGCACAUUUAUACACAUAUUUAAAUUGGCUGCGAGCGAAAAGAGAGUUAAAUUAUAAUGUAAUGAAAUUGUA